AUGACUUCAAAGCGCGGAAGGAAGAAAAAUAUUACCAAUGCAAAUAAUAAAUCUGUUAUAUCUCUUCGAGAAAUGCUUGAAAAAGAUAUUGAUAAUUUAGUGGUCAAUGAAACUUUACCUUUAAUUGCAAAUAAUGAAAAAAGGCGUCAACAGAGAUCUGUAAUAAAUUUGAAACAGUUACCAACUUCACUAAAUGUACCAAUUCAAAAUGACUCAAUGCCAUCAACAUCUGGAUCAAGUACAAAAGCAAUAUCAUCUCAAUAUACUGAAAAGACAACUAUUGAAUCUAGUAUUAAACAGAAGAAAUUUGAUGAAUUUAAUGAUUUACUAACUAAAUAUAUUAAAUCCAAUGCAAAUACUCAAUCUAUUCUCGAAAAAAUACUUGAAGAACAGUUGAGACAACGUACCACAAUCGAAGUAAUAGAAAAGAGUAACACGAAAUUGAAAUGUGAAAUUUUUGAAAAUCGUAAACUUAUUCAAGAGAUAUUUACAAAUUUUACAGUAGGACCAUUAAAUACUGAGCAAACACAACAAGAGGGAAAGGCUCUAAUGACAGAAGCAUGUCAUAAGUUAUUCCAAACUAACAAAAAUCCAUCAGAUGCAGAAAUUGAACGUUGUCACCCCGUCUGCCACCCGGCGGUAAAUAAAGUUCCCUGCUUCUGUUAUAUGUACUCUCAGCGAAAUAUUCAUAUUCUUGCUUGGUUUAGUUUUAAAUCUUUAACUUAA